AUGGCAAUUGUCAGUUCAGAAAAUCGAACAUGUGCAGAUGAGAAGCUUCUGGCUCUUUAUCAGUCAUGGUCCUACAUUGCUAGUAUUGUAUUUAACUGUUUGGUUCCAACGAUUUCAACGUAUUUUUUGGGGCGAGCCAUUUUUCAAUUGUGUAAUCAAGCGACGAUACAGUAUUCUACCAGAAUUCUAUUGAUAGCUACUAUUCUGUUUGCUGCGUGCCAUCAGGUUUCCUACUUUGCCUUUAAGAUCGAUCUUCUCCACACAAUGUUUUUCAAACUCGAUCAACCCUGCUUCCUUCAACGAUCCUCCUACGACUGCCGAUUCAUUUCAAUUGCUCAGACUACAGGAGUCGUUGGAAUGGCAUUGACAGGAUUGGCCAUGUCAACAGAUAGAGCAUUGGCACUUACGUUUCCAGCAGAUUAUCACAAACUGAAAUCCGUGCCAAGAGUUGUUUUAUCAGUUUUUGUGUUCAUCGUAAGCUUCUCUACUUGGUUCCUUCUAACUAUGAACGAUCCAUUAACCGGAUACCUAAAUCAUUGUGGAUUCUAUCCAUCCUACUCAGUUGCCAACUUUCAAUUGAUGCUUGAUGUGAUUCUAUACUUGGCAAUUUUCAAUUUGAUUUGGGAUGUUAUUCUGUUUUAUUAUGCAAGGCAACAAAUUUUGUGGAGACGUUCCUAUCAAUUCCAGAAGCGAUACGAAGCUCGAAUCUCAUUGAACUGCACCCAAGCGGUUUUUGUGAUCUCUAUAUGUCAAUGUAUAUCGAAUGGAGCAAAUUCUGGUCUUAUGAGAUUGCUCAUGAUGAUUGGAACAAGUAUCACAUCAGUCACUUAUAGCUCUUUGCUUUCACUUUUCUAUACUGCUCCAUAUUCUUGUAUUCUACUUCCGAUUCUGAUGAUGAGAAUUUCGGAAUAUAUCAGAGAGCAGAGAACGAUUGGGAUACUGUCACUGAGAAGUGAGAAACCGGGAUUGGAGGAGCACCAUCAGAGAAUGAGAGCUGCGUGGAGCUAG